UAUAUAUAUAUAUAUAUAUAUAUAUGUAUAUAUGGAUGUGCAACAUGGAUAUAUGUGUAUAUACAUGCAGACACAAUUGAUCUAUCGAUCGACAAAAUCACGACAUAUGUGACACAAGUACACUACAUACACGCAUACAACAAAUUUAACAAACAAACACUCAUACACAUACACACACGCACACACACGCGUGAACAUACGAUUGCGGAUCUUUAAAUGUAAAACGUAAAGAACUGUUAUAGGAAAAAAAUCUUCUUAUCUUCGCCAAUUUUGUGUUACUUGAGAAAAUAAAAUACAAUUUCGAUAACAUCAAAGAAAUUCUUCCUCUGUUACUGUAAUAAUUUAUUUACUAUAAUAAUUUGUUAAAAAUGAAGUCCUUAUUGUAAUCAUAUCGUAUCAUAUUCUCAUUGGUAGCAGACACAAAAUAAUGUGUAAUUGUAAAAGAAGACGAAAAAAGAAAAAAAAUUGAAUAGUACAAAAAAAAAGUUUUUUUUUUAUUUUUUCUUUUUUUUUUAACGAGAGAAAAUAUGUCUUCCUUUAAUCGUGAAAGAUGCACUUGGAAAAUAUCGUGGAAGAGAGAGAGAGAAAGAGAAAAUGAAAGAGUACGCUUAGCGAUUUAGAAAAAUCAAUCAUAGAUCCUACCUCGUGUGAUCCUAAAGCGCCGUCUAUCUGUGGGACAUACUACCACCAACUUAUGGAUUUCAUCAGGAGAAUCAGAAGAAGGGGUCAGAACAGACAGGACAGAGAGUGGGACAGAGCCAGGAGGACAGGUCAAGCAAUUGCAGGUGUCGCGUUGCACGCUCACGAUUUCUACCUUUAACGUUGUAUUAAUUAAACAUUUAAAAAUUCAUUCAGUUCGAUGUAUUCCUUCGAUCAGUAAAUUAAUAAAGAGAUUAACUUUGAUUUCUUUAUCUCAUUAAUAUUUAUCCCAGUGAACUCUGCGAAAAGGAUUAAUAUUCGAAGAAAAGAGAAAGAGAUCAAUGUCCGCUUUGCUCUAUCCGAUCGCAUUGCUGGUUCCAUGAACUCAAUGCAAUUAACGAUCGGUUAUUUGGAAAUGUAAUUUUCUGCGUGUUCUGCGGUUGAACAUAGAGGGAUGGCUUUCUUAUGUCCAGUACGCAUACGUCGAGGGAAAAAAAAGAAACCUGGAAUUCAUAACUUUAACUUGGAAAAGGAUUGCGUUGGUGCAGGAGGUACAGGACUUGGCGUAGGAACCAGAGCCCCAUUACCACCUGGUCGUAUAACAGGAAGUGCCAGUAUAGAAACUUUAGUAAGAGUUGGUAUAGAAAAGGAAAAUGGACUUUCUCCGGAUAGUAAAAUGGUUAUAGUUCAUGACUUUACUCCAUGCGUUGAUGAUGAGCUCCAAGUCAAAAGAGGACAAGUUGUAAAUGUAUUAUAUAGAGAAAAUGACUGGGUAUAUGUAAUAGCAGCAGACACACGUAUGGAAGGAUUCGUACCACAUUCUUACUGUGCACCUUAUACGUCACAGUUAGCUGAAUUAACUCUUGCUACUCUUAUGAAUAAUGUCAAAAAAAAAUUGCCUAGAUCUAAUGAGGGUGAUGGUGAUAUCUCAAGUACAGGUCGUUCUCAAGCAUUAGAUGCACAACAAACUGAUACAGGAUCAGCAUCAGAUUGUGAAAGUUAUACUCGCAAUGUUGUAACUGCAGAUAUAAAUGUUAAUAGAUCUAAUAUUACUCAAUCACAAAAUUCUAUACAAACUAUAUCUUCUCAACCAGAUGUGCAUCCCUUUUUCAAGGAUCCUUCAGCUGGAAGGUAUAUUGUGUUAUAUACAUUUGUGGCAAGAGAUGAAAAUGAUGUAAGCGUGGAAAGAGGAGAAUUUGUGACAGUCCUCAAUAGAGAUGACCCUGACUGGUUUUGGGUGCUUAGACAUUGCGAUGGUAACGAAGGAUUUGUACCAUCUGGAUUUGUUUAUCCAGGACACGUACUUCAUUCGUACGCGACAACAGGUACCGCUGCAACAACAACAACGUCUACGGAAACGCAUACUUUAGAGACUGGUAAUGGAAAUAUAACGGGAAGUGAACAAUUACAACAGAAAAGUUUACGAGACUUCAGAGAAGAAACUCCUGGCACCGAAUUAGUUGUACUUUAUGAUUAUAAGGCGCAGGCGCCAGAUGAUUUGUCAGUAAGACGAGCCGACUGGAUAUAUGCAGAUUUGGGAAAUCAAACGGUCGAUGGUUGGCUUUGGGCGUAUGCACCCAAAACCCGGAAAUAUGGUUUUAUUCCUAAGGCAUAUGCCCGUCCUCCUGCUAUGACCAGCUUGUGAUACGUAUAGCAAUUUUGUAUUCUUAUCUUUUAUAUAUAUACAUAUGUAUAUAUAUGUGUAUAUAUAUAUAUAUAUAUAUAUAUAUAUAUAUAUAUGUAUAUAUAAUUUUUUUAUAUCAAUACAGUAUUUCUAUAUGGUGUUCUUGUUAAAUCAUAUUCUUGUUAUAUCUCUCACAAUAAUGGAAUAUCGUAAACGAGCGUUCCCUCGUUAUUAAUGUGCAUCACAUUAUGGAUAUCUAAUAUUUCAAAUAAUCUUAUUGUUUCAUUUAGCGAUUGCUGUGGUAGAUAUUUUCCAAUUAUGAAAACGUGACUAAUGAAUGAUAACGUUCACGUUGAGAUUGGUACAUCCGGAAGUAAUAUGACUGAUCAAGCCUUCGUGAAGAACGAUACAAUCACCAUUUAAAAAAACUUCUCGCGGUCGUUGAGCUGUCCUUAGUGAAUUUAUUGGACCCGUGUACGUUAAUGAUCGGACACUUUCAGUAUCGAUAUUAUCCAUGGCCUGUUCAAAGAGCUUUUGUUCCUUUAACGUAUAUUUGACAAUAUCGUGAAUAAUGAAUAGGUCAACGUACUUGAAUACUACAUCGGAGAAUAUUUGUGGCAUUUCCGAUAUCCAAUCCCGCGACCCAGACGAUUAUUAUAUUCUUCUCAUAUUGACCUUCUCCACGAGUAUAAACCUCGUCAGAAGGUGAAUAAUGAUUUAUGGAGUUUAAGCGAGCAGCUAAUAGCGGAAGAGGUAGACGAUUCCGGUAUUUAGGAUUGAUCUGAUUACUAUUGAAUACUCUUGAAGCAGAAUCUCUUGUAAUAACAUAUAAAUUCACGUUAAAGAUACGUUCUACCGGUUAAGUCAAAUUAAAUAGAAGUGCUUGUUACUUAAUCAAAAUUGAUUAAAGUUCAUCGAUGUUAUAAUUGUUAUACUCACGAUAAUUUAUCAGAUACCAAUAGAAGUGCUAAACAUCGACUGGUAUCAUAAGAGAGUGCUUCGAAACUAAUGAUCAAUGUGCUUUUCACACCAGAUUCAACGCUCAGAAUAGGUACUUCCGGAUGAUCAAAAAGGAAAUGAUGCGUAAGUGCCGAAAAUGCAAUGUUAACGUCGCAAUCGAUGCAAGGACAGCGUAUCGGUCUACGAGAGUAUUCCCACGUAGUCUGUCCAUUAAAUUUAAAUUCGUUAUUGCAUCGAUCUUGUUCGCUCUUCCGUAUUAUAUUAUAAUAACUGUGUUGCUGAUAUCUGCCAUCGCUUUGUUCCACAUUAGAAUCAUUAGAAUAAGAGGUGAUCAUCGAUUCGGGUACUUCAACUUUACAAGUCAUCGCUUUGUUCCCUCCUACAGAUAGACAUCGUGUUAUUGUAAAGUUCAAGAUUUUUUUUUUCCUUUAUCUACCAUAUUUGGAUAUAUAUCGGUUCUUGUCGUUGUCGCAAUUCGUUUGUACUUAUUAUUCUCAGAUCAUGAGUUUAUAAAAGAAACAACGGUCAUCGGUGCCACUGACGUAGCAGCACUUGACAUGUUAAAUUAUAAACGUAAUAAGAAGAAUAGAGUUGGGUGAGAAAAAAUUAAAAAAAAAA